GCCGCCAUCUUUCAGCUUCACUCAACUCCCGCCGUUCUCUUGCCGACCGGACCCCGUACGAGGAGGUCCUGUGUUGCUGCUCGGGCUGCCGCUUGUUAAACUUUUCUGCUCCACACGUUGAUCGCCAGGAUGUCGAAAGCUCCUGCCAUCGGUAUAGAUCUGGGCACCACGUACUCGUGCGUAGGUGUGUUCCAGCAUGGCAAGGUGGAGAUCAUCGCCAACGACCAGGGCAACCGCACGACGCCGUCGUACGUCGCGUUCACGGACACGGAGCGUCUGAUCGGCGACGCCGCCAAGAACCAGGUGGCGAUGAACCCGGGCAACACCGUGUUCGACGCCAAGCGGCUGAUCGGCCGUCGGUUCGACGACGCGCCCGUGCAGGCGGACAUGAAGCACUGGCCGUUCCAGGUGGUGAGCGAUGGCGGCAAGCCCAAGAUCAAGGUCGAGUACAAGUGCGAGGCGAAGGUGUUCGCGCCCGAGGAGAUCAGCUCCAUGGUGCUCACCAAGAUGAAGGAGACGGCCGAGGCCUACCUGGGCAAGACGGUGAAUGACGCUGUCGUCACUGUGCCGGCCUACUUCAACGACUCGCAGCGGCAGGCGACCAAGGACGCGGGCGCGAUCGCCGGCCUCAACGUGCUCCGCAUCAUCAACGAGCCGACAGCAGCUGCCAUCGCCUACGGCCUCGACAAGAAGGUCGGCGGCGAGCGCAACGUCCUCAUCUUCGAUCUGGGCGGCGGCACCUUCGAUGUGUCAAUCCUGACCAUCGAGGACGGCAUCUUCGAGGUCAAAUCCACCGCUGGAGACACGCAUCUCGGCGGCGAGGACUUCGACAACCGCAUGGUCAACUUCUUCGUGCAGGAGUUCAAGCGGAAGCACAAGAAGGACCUGUCCACCAACAAGCGUGCUCUGCGCCGGCUGCGCACGGCAUGCGAGCGGGCAAAGCGCACGCUCUCGUCGUCGUCGCAGGCGUCCAUCGAAAUCGACAGCUUGAUGGAGGGCAUCGACUUCUACACGUCCAUCACCCGCGCCAGGUUCGAGGAGAUGAACGCCGACCUGUUCCGCGGCACGCUGGAGCCUGUGGAGAAGUCGCUGCGCGACGCGAAGAUGGACAAGGGCUCGAUCCACGACAUCGUGCUGGUCGGCGGCUCGACGCGCAUCCCCAAGAUCCAGAAGCUGCUGCAGGACUUCUUCAAUGGCAAGGAGCUCAACAAGUCCAUCAACCCCGACGAGGCGGUAGCCUACGGAGCGGCCGUGCAGGCGGCCAUCCUGCACGGCGACAAGUCCGAGGAGGUGCAGGACCUUCUGCUGCUGGACGUGACGCCGCUCUCGCUCGGAAUCGAGACGGCCGGCGGCGUCAUGACCACGCUGAUCAAGCGCAACACGACGAUCCCGACCAAGCAGACGCAGACGUUCACCACCUACUCUGACAACCAGCCGGGCGUGCUGAUCCAGGUGUAUGAGGGCGAGCGCGCCAUGACCAAGGACAACAACCUGCUCGGCAAGUUCGAGCUGACCGGCAUCCCGCCGGCGCCGCGCGGCGUGCCCCAGAUCGAGGUCACCUUCGACAUUGACGCCAACGGCAUCAUGAACGUCUCGGCCGCCGACAAGUCGACUGGCAAGGAGAACAAGAUUACCAUCACCAACGACAAGGGCCGGCUGACCAAGGAGGAGAUCGAGCGCAUGGUGAACGAGGCGGACAAGUUCAAGCAGGAGGACGAGGCGCAGCGCGAGAAGAUCUCCGCCAAGAACGCGCUCGAGUCGUACAGCUUCAACAUGAAGUCGACGGUCGAGGACGAGAAGAUCAAGGACAAGAUCUCCGAGACCGACAAGACCACCAUCCUCGACAAGUGCAACGACACCAUCAAGUGGCUGGACGCCAACCAGCUGGCCGAGAAGGAGGAGUUCGAGCACAAGCAGAAGGAGCUGGAGCAGGUCUGCAACCCCAUCAUCACCAAGCUGUACCAGGGAGCCGGCGGCGCCCCUGGCGGCAUGCCCGGAGGCAUGCCCGGCGGAGCGCCAGGAGCUGGCGCCGCUCCCGGCAGCGGCGGCGGCGCCGGCCCCACCAUCGAGGAGGUCGACUAAACGCCGCCUUCUUAGGGUCCAAUGAACAACCUCCGUGGCCGCAGCCCGCCCGGGCGGCGGCCAGCAUUUUAGCCCAGUAUUUCACUCGUGUGUUGGUUGAAUAAACUCCCGUAAAUUGCCGUGUA